AUCCUUUUCAAACUUCUCUCCCAAACUGGUUUUUCCUCAUAUCCAACGGUUCUAAUUGAUUCUUAACCAUCAAUUUCUGUGUUUCACAUUAGGCCCCGCCGCCACUUUUCCCUCUUUCGUUGAAACGGUCUCCGGCGACCUGAGGAAACCGUCUCUCUUUCUCUCUGCGAUUCCCGCUCGGCUUUCUAUUCAGUCUGUAUCGGCCAUUAAAAGUGAAAAAAAAGAUCAGACUCUUCAACAAUAAUAAGUUUUAUCUAGUGAGUAUUGGUGGGUAUUUUUCUUUUCCUUUCAUGGGUGCUAUGGAAAGUCCGGUGGUGAAGAACAAAGAAGAUUGUAUACCAGGAGAGGUUAAGGAAGCCUUGAAGUCAUUGGCGUCCAAGUGGGAGGAUGUGCUUGAUGCAAAUGCAUUGCAGGUGAUCCCUCUUAAGGGGGCGAUGACCAAUCAGGUCUUUCAAAUCAAGUGGCCAACAAAGACGGAACAAGGCUCACAUAAGGUUCUGGUAAGGAUUUAUGGUGAUGGUGUGGAGGUCUUCUUUGACAGGAAUGAUGAGAUCCGGACAUUUGAGUUCAUGUCUAAACAAGGGCAGGGUCCUCGUCUACUGGGCCGGUUCUCAAAUGGGCGAAUUGAAGAGUUCAUUCAUGCAAGGACUCUGUCAGCAUCUGAUUUGCGUGAUCCUGAUGUAUCUGCUCUCAUAGCAGCUAAAUUGAAGGAGUUCCAUGGUCUUCAGAUGCCUGGUCCAAAGAAUGUGUGCCUGUGGGAUAGGUUGCGGAAUUGGCUGAAAACAGCUAAGAGUAUGUGUCCUCCUGAAGAAGCUAGAGCUGUUCGAUUGGAUGCCAUGGAGCAGGAAAUCUCCUUAUUGGAAAAGGAGCUCUCUGGAGAUCAAAGAAUUGGCUUCUGUCAUAAUGAUUUACAGUAUGGUAACAUAAUGAUCGAUGAAGAGACAAAAGCAAUUACCAUAAUAGAUUAUGAAUAUGCAAGUUACAAUCCCUUUGCCUUUGAUAUAGCAAACCACUUCUGUGAGAUGGCUGCUGACUAUCACACUGAUACGCCACAUAUUAUGGACUAUAGUAAAUACCCUGGUUUGGAGGAGCGUCAAAGGUUUCUGCAUGCAUAUCUGAGUUCGUCAGGUAAUCAAGUUAAAGACAUUGAGGUGAAGCAGCUUCUGGAAGAUGUUGAGAAAUACACACUUGCAAGCCAUCUAUUUUGGGCCUUGUGGGGCAUAAUAUCUGAACAUGUGAAUAAAAUCGACUUUGACUACAUGGCAUAUGCAAGGCAGAGGUUUGAGCAGUACUGGUUAAGGAAGCCUCAACUAUUUAGCCAAUUGUCCGUCUGAUGGUAAUAUUAUGUAGUUCAUAGGUCGCUUUCUCCUCCUUAGUGCUUUUGUUGGCCCUUGCAGUGUAUUUACUAAAAAACUUUGGGUAUUUGUUUAUUAUUUCUGCAAAAUAUGUUCAUUUGGCAACAUUUUAUUUCAUGCAUGCUGGUUUGUCUAUAUCGAAAAUACACUGCAGUAUUUCUUUGAAAUUUACAGAAUUUUCAGAUAAUUGAUGAUAAUGUGGAUGAUUGAAGAGCUGAUAA